CUCUCUCUCUCUCUCUCCUUAAAAAUUAAGAGACAAAAAUGGGAGCUCUUGAUUAUCUCCCUAACUUUUGCACUGUUAUCAGCACAAGGAGGAAGCGUAAGCCAAUGCAGACAGUUGAAAUCAAAGUCAAAAUGGACUGUGAUGGCUGCGAAAGAAAAAUCAAGAACGCUGUAAAGUCCAUGAGAGGAGUAAAAUCCGUGGAGGUGAACCGAAAACAAAGCAAGGUGACGGUUAGUGGGUUUGUGGAGGCAAACAAGGUGUUAAAGAGGGUAAACAGAACAGGCAAGAAAGCUGAAUUUUGGCCAUACAUUCCUCAGCAUUUGGUGCAUUACCCUUUCGUCUCCGGCGCCUACGACAAGAGGGCGCCGGCGGGCCACGUGCGAAACGUCGUUCACGCUUUUCCGGCAGCCAAUGUAGCUGAGGAGAAUAUGGCCUCCCUCUUCAGUGAUGAUAAUGUGAAUGCUUGUUCCAUAAUGUGAAGAUUUUUCCACAUCUACGUACUUAAUUAUAUAUUGUAUGUACGGAAGUUGUUCUACUAGAGUAGAACUCUCCAAGGCCUACAUUUGACCCCCCCAAUAACAUUAUUGUAAUUUAAAAUCUUUAAAUGAGUUACAUUACGUUGUU